CAGAAACCCCGAGCUUCCUCUCCGCAGAUGGUGUUCGCUUUCGGGCCCUGACAUAGCUUCCGAGGCAUCUGACCCCACCUCCCCGCGCCCAAGGGAGAACAACGCCCCCACUCCGCUCCCGCCUCCGCCCCGCCGCGGGCCUCUCGGGUUACCCGCUCCCCGCUUUUCCUAGAGAGCCGGGCAGGUCCGGCCGGAGUGGCCCGGGCUCCGCUCUUCCCGGGAGGAAGCCUCAUUUCGUAACCCGCGUCUCCCGAGGGAAACGGGUCGGCUCUCGAGCGCUCGGGCCGCAGCCUUUGGCUCCGGCAAUUUCCCUUCAAGCCAUUGACGAUUGAGAAAGGCGGGAGAUCACACCAUGCCAAAUCUACUGAGAGCAGUGGUGACCGGCUGUUCAUGCUCUGUACUUAACAAUUUGGGGUCCCAUAAGGUUCUACUUGGGAAGACGAAUUUCUUACGAACAUUUCACACGCAUCAGGCACUGCGGUGUAAAUCCCCUGUAAAACCAGGUAUUCCAUACAAGCAACUAACUGUUGGAGUCCCCAAGGAGAUUUUCCAAAAUGAGAAGCGAGUGGCCUUGUCUCCUGCUGGUGUGCAGGCCUUGGUCAAGCAGGGUUUUAAUGUUGUAGUGGAAUCAGGUGCAGGCGAAGCUUCCAAGUUCUCAGAUGACCACUACAGAGCAGCAGGAGCCCAAAUCCAAGGGACAAAGGAAGUGCUGGCUUCUGACUUGGUGGUCAAAGUACGCGCCCCUAUGAUGAACCCGACAUUAGGGGUUCACGAAGCUGACCUUUUAAAAGCCUCGGGAACACUGAUUAGUUUUAUUUAUCCAGCGCAAAAUCCAGACUUGCUAAGUAAACUGUCUCAAAGAAAAAGCACUGUUCUGGCGAUGGACCAGGUCCCAAGGGUCACCAUUGCUCAGGGGUAUGACGCUCUGAGCUCCAUGGCCAACAUAGCUGGUUAUAAAGCUGUUGUCCUAGCAGCUAAUCAUUUUGGACGGUUUUUUACUGGUCAGAUCACAGCUGCUGGAAAAGUUCCUCCAGCUAAGAUCCUGAUAGUCGGUGGUGGUGUGGCGGGGCUCGCCUCUGCGGGAGCAGCGAAGGCCAUGGGUGCGAUUGUCCGAGGAUUUGACACCAGAGCUGCAGCUUUGGAGCAAUUCAAGUCCCUUGGUGCUGAGCCCUUGGAGGUGGAUCUGAAGGAGUCGGGUGAGGGCCAAGGAGGAUAUGCCAAAGAGAUGUCCAAAGAGUUCAUCGAGGCUGAAAUGAAACUCUUUGCACAGCAGUGCAAGGAUGUGGACAUCCUCAUCAGCACAGCCCUGAUUCCAGGUAAAAAAGCCCCUGUUUUAUUUAGUAAAGAAAUGAUCGAGUCAAUGAAGGAAGGUUCUGUUGUUGUGGAUUUAGCUGCUGAGGCCGGAGGAAAUUUUGAAACCACUAAGCCGGGGGAACUUUAUAUUCAUAAGGGAGUUACUCACAUAGGCUACACAGACCUCCCCAGCCGUAUGGCCACUCAGGCCAGCACUAUGUAUUCCAAUAACAUUACCAAACUCUUGAAGGCCAUCAGCCCUGACAAAGAAAAUUUUUAUUAUGAAGUGAAAGAUGACUUUGACUUUGGUACAAUGAGUCAUGUCAUUCGAGGAACUGUGGUGAUGAAGGAUGGCAAUGUGAUUUUCCCAGCUCCAACACCAAAAAAUAUUCCUGAAGAAGCCCCAGUAAAGCAGAAGACAGUGGCUGAGCUGGAUGCUGAAAAAGCAGCCGUUGUUACUCCAUUCAGGAAAACAAUGACGACGGCGUCUGUGUAUACAGCAGGUCUCACUGGGAUGCUGGGUUUGGGCAUUUUGUCUCCCAGUCUGGCCUUUUCUCAGAUGGUGACCACAUUUGGCCUGGCUGGCAUUGUGGGGUACCACACUGUCUGGGGUGUGACCCCUGCCCUCCACUCACCGCUGAUGUCUGUGACUAAUGCGAUCUCAGGUCUGACUGCCGUUGGCGGGUUGGCAUUGAUGGGGGGACAUUUGUACCCUUGUACAACUUCUCAGGGUCUUGCUGCUCUUGCAACGUUCAUUUCCUCAGUCAACAUUGCAGGUGGCUUUCUGGUGACUCAGAGAAUGCUGGACAUGUUCAAGCGUCCCACAGAUCCUCCGGAAUAUAAUUACCUGUAUCUGCUCCCUGCUGGUACCUUUGUGGGUGGAUAUCUAGCUGCUCUCUACAGUGGUUAUAACAUUGAACAAAUCAUGUACCUGGGCUCCGGCUUGUGCUGUGUCAGUGCCCUGGCUGGCCUUUCUACACAGGGAACGGCUCGUCUUGGCAAUGCACUGGGCAUGAUAGGAGUUGCUGGUGGCCUGGCAGCCACUCUUGGGGGCCUCAGACCAGAUCCGGAACUGUUAGCUCAGAUGUCUGGAGCAAUGGCAUUGGGAGGUGCCAUUGGACUGACAAUUGCCAAGCGGAUCCAGAUUUCCGAUUUACCUCAGUUAGUCGCUGCUUUCCAUAGUUUAGUGGGUUUGGCAGCUGUACUCACUUGCAUAGCCGAGUACAUUGUAGAAUAUCCACAUUUUGCUAUGGACGCAGCAGCAAACCUCACUAAGAUUGUGGCCUACCUUGGCACUUACAUUGGUGGAGUUACCUUUAGUGGGUCUCUUGUUGCCUAUGGAAAGUUACAGGGUCUCCUGAAAUCCGCCCCUCUGCUGCUGCCUGGGAGGCACGUGCUCAAUGCAGGCUUGCUGGCUGCCAGUGUGGGUGGGCUAAUCCCUUUUAUGAUUGACCCAAGCUUCACCACUGGGAUCACUUGUCUCGGCUCUGUUUCUGCCCUCUCAGCCAUCAUGGGUGUGACUUUGACCGCUGCCAUUGGGGGUGCGGACAUGCCCGUCGUCAUCACCGUGCUGAACAGUUACUCAGGCUGGGCUCUGUGCGCCGAGGGCUUCCUGCUCAACAACAACCUCCUGACCAUCGUGGGCGCGCUCAUCGGCUCCUCCGGAGCCAUCUUGUCAUACAUCAUGUGUGUGGCGAUGAAUCGCUCUCUGCCUAACGUGAUUCUUGGAGGCUAUGGUACCACAUCAACAGCUGGUGGGAAACCCAUGGAAAUUUCUGGCACACAUACAGAAAUCAACCUUGACAAUGCAAUUGACAUGAUUCGGGAAGCUAAUAGCAUUAUUAUUACUCCAGGUUACGGCCUCUGUGCAGCCAAAGCUCAGUAUCCUAUCGCUGAUUUGGUCAAGAUGCUUACUGAGCAAGGCAAAAAAGUCAGGUUUGGAAUUCAUCCAGUUGCAGGCCGAAUGCCUGGUCAGCUCAACGUACUUCUGGCUGAGGCAGGGGUGCCCUACGAUGUUGUGCUGGAAAUGGAUGAAAUCAACCAGGAUUUCCCAGACACAGAUUUGGUCCUUGUAAUUGGUGCUAAUGACACUGUUAAUUCAGCUGCUCAAGAAGAUCCCAACUCUAUCAUUGCAGGCAUGCCUGUCCUUGAGGUCUGGAAAUCCAAGCAGGUCAUUGUCAUGAAGAGAUCCUUGGGUGUUGGCUAUGCUGCAGUGGACAAUCCAAUCUUCUACAAACCUAACACAGCCAUGCUCCUGGGGGAUGCCAAGAAGACAUGUGAUGCCCUGCAGGCAAAAGUUAGGGAGUCUUAUUCCAACUAAAUGCUGACGCUCCAUCUGGUGUCUCGUGGAGGCCUUCUUCAGUUGUAGGACAUGCAAGUAUUGUAUGAGUGCAUGUGCCACAGGGAAGUUCUUGGAAGAAGAGGAGCACUAAAGAGAACCUGGGAAUUCAAGGGAGAUUUUCAAAAGCAAUGAGCCAUCAAUUUAAAAAAGUAAUUGAAAAAUUUAAAUAUCUGUGUAUAUUUUUUGUGUCAAAAAGCGAAAGUAUUUUACAAAAGCUGAAAAAAGUGCCUUAUUUUAGUUGUGAUCCUAUUGGAUUUUUAAGUUCCCUUUCAGUAGCCAGAAAUGACUUCAGGGGUUACUGUUUAGGAUCUCAGGAUUUAUAUUAUUUCCUUGGUCUAAAAACAUUACAUAGCAUAAACAUUGCAGGCACUUGCAUUUAGUUCUUCUCUGAAAAAGCAAAUCUGACUGAUUUGAAACUUUUCUCAAAUCCUGACCUGUCCCCUUGCAUUCUGAGAAUAGUCUGAGUUGAUCAUAUCAAAUAUGUUUCCGUUUUUCAGACUGUACUUCAGAUUUUAGAUUUCAAGAAUAUAUUUUCUCACUUCUAUUUUGAUACAUAAAGGAGAUGCUGGAAGCAAUUUUACAUAGAAGGAGUAGGUAAACUUCAGAGGUGCUGGAGACAAUAACUUGCUUCAUAUGUUCAAUGAAACAUGUUCUGGAAAUUAAUAUUAGUUGUAUUUUUGAAAGCCCUGUUUCUAAUUGGAGAGCUUCUUAAAGUUGAUAAUGUGUAGGCCUGUAUUCAAAACACUUGAAUGGAACCAGCCUUUUGACUAAUAAACAAGCUUAUGAUGAUCACAAA